CGACACCACCAUCAAUCCUCAAAAUGACAAUAAUUGAGGGCUGGAUGCCCCCUACUCGGGAAAACUAUGAGCUCAUCCUUAAAAUCUGGCAAAUCUCUUACCCCAUUAUUGGUUCGGCGCAAUGGCUCAUUGGAUGGUAUGGCAUGGGGAAAACCUCAGUCGAUAGCCGGCUCAACUUGCCGGGCCGCAUUGGCUGGCUAACCAUGGAAGUUCCUGGGUUUAUGACGCUAUUGUACCUGAUGAAGACGAUGCCUGAGCUGCACGGCAUCGAUGACCUCCCCUGGCAGAACAAGGUGCUGGCUGGGCUUUUUGUAAUCCACUAUUCAUAUCGGGCCGUCAUGUUCCCCUUCCUACAGCCGACCAUGUCACCGUUACACAUCGGAGUGUGGUUGAUGGCUGUCGGGUUCCAGCUUUUCAAUGCAACUUGCCUGGGAGCGUGGCUGGCGGCGUAUGGCCCCAUCACGGAAGAGGAGUGGACUUCACAGUCUUCAAUCUUACAAUUUGCGCUGGGAAUCAUCAUCUUCUAUCUAGGCCUGUCGUCCAACUUCUUCCACGACGAGGAGCUUCGGGAUAUCCGGCGCCGGGAGCAAGCCCGACAAGACCGGAUCCGUCUGGAGACCGGAAAUAUUUCCAAAGGCGUCGACAAGCAUUAUCAAAUCCCCCAGGCCGGGCUUUUCCGCUACAUGCUUUUUCCGCACUACCUGUGCGAGUGGGUGGAGUGGACCGGAUUCUGGAUGGCGGCAGGUUGGGGCAGCGUGCCGGCGAGGACGUUUCUGAUCAACGAGGUGUUUACCAUGGUUCCGCGCGCGGUGAGGGGAAAGUGGUGGUACAUGGAGCGUUUUGGAGAGGACAAGGUGGGCAAGAAAUGGGCGAUCGUGCCUGGAGUUUGGUGAGGAAAUUUGAGUGACACUGGGGACGACGUGAGGGACGGUGAGGGACAAUGAGGGACAAGCCGACGUUGGCAUCCGACAAGGAGAUGGUUGUUUGCCUCGGGCUAGUUCGUGCAUGCGGUGCGGAG